AGAUACCAGUAACAUCAGAGAUCUGCUCAGUUGCAGUUAACUGCUCCGUCCCUUUGCUUGUCUGCUCAGCUGGGAAGAUACUCUCUAUCGCUAUGGGGGAUGUACUUAAAAGCAAUGAAGAGAUCCGCUCUCUUGCGGAAAAAGUGUUUGCCUCAGAAGUUCUCGAUGUGGAAAGUAAGACAGAACUAUCCCCUUUUGAUGUUACGGAACACGUGCCCAUCUCACACCAUGAAAUGACGGAACAUUUAAUCAAAAUGGACACAAAGGAGGCCCAGGAAAAAAGGAAAAAACGCCUUGAGCGCUUCAGGUCAGUUGCUCUCAAAGUGCCCACGAUGGAGUCGCAUCCAGUUUCCAAGUCAAAUGCAGAACAAUCUCUUCCACUUUACUUGACUGUGCCUGAUUUUCAGAAAGUGCAGAUCACUGGAGAUUAUGCAUCAGGGGUGAGCAUCGAUGACUUUGAACUUGCUGGAAAGGGGAUAUAUCGGGCUCUAUGUAUUCGAGAGAAAUAUAUGAAGGAAUCAUUUCAGCGAUUUCCGAGAACCAUAGCCCAGCAUCUGCGGCAUAUUGAAGGUGGUGUAUGGAACGAGGCAGAUGAGAUUUACCCAGAUUUCUCAGCCCCACCCAAAAGUGGAGAAGACCCUUUUAGAACCGAUAACCUGCCUGCUGACCUGGGUUACCAGAUGAAGAUAAAAAAUGGCGUGAUUUACAUCUAUCCAGACAAAGAUGCGCUAGCCAAGGGCAAGCCUAAAGAUCUAGACUACCCAAAUAUUAACACUUUUGUGGAUGACAUGAAUUUUCUAAUAGCCCUCAUAGCACAAGGGCCUGUUAAGACCUACAGCCACCGUCGCUUAAAGUUCUUAUCAUCCAAGUAUAAGGUGCACGAAAUGCUGAAUGAAAUGGAGGAGCUAAAGGAGUUAAAGAAUAAUCCACAUCGAGAUUUUUAUAAUUGCAGAAAGGUGGAUACGCACAUCCAUGCUGCAGCCUGCAUGAACCAGAAGCAUCUUCUACGCUUUAUAAAGAAGUCCUAUCGGAUCGACGCUGAUCGUGUGGUAUUUGAUUCUAAGGGCAAGAAGAUGACAUUGAAAGAACUGUUCGCCUCCCUGAACCUUCACCCAUAUGACCUGACAGUGGAUUCUCUAGAUGUCCAUGCUGGAAGACAAACCUUCCAGCGCUUUGACAAGUUCAAUGACAAAUAUAACCCUGUCGGUGCCAGUGAACUGCGAGACUUGUACAUGAAAACAGAGAAUUUCAUUGAAGGGGAAUACUUUGCUACCAUCAUCAAGGAAGUAGGUUCGGAUUUGGAAGAUGCUAAGUACCAGUAUGCCGAGCCACGUCUCUCCAUCUAUGGAAGGUCCCCUGAGGAAUGGACUAAUCUGGCCCACUGGUUUAACAAACAUAAAGUUUACUGUCCAAACAUGAAGUGGAUGAUACAAGUCCCACGAAUUUAUGAUAUUUUCAGAGCUAAAAAUUUUGUGCCCAAUUUUGGAAAAAUGUUGGAAAACAUAUUCAUGCCUGUGUUCGAGGCCACAGUCAACCCAAAUGCUAACAAAGAACUGAGUGUCUUCCUGAGACAUAUCACUGCAUUUGACAGUGUGGAUGAUGAAUCCAAACACAGUGGCCACAUGUUUUCCUCUAAGAGUCCAGCACCUCAGGAAUGGACUAUUGAGAAGAACCCAUCAUACACAUAUUAUAUCUAUUACAUGUAUGCAAACAUAAGGGUGCUGAACAAAUUGAGAAGGGAAAGGGGAAUGAACACAUUUCUUUUCCGUCCACACUGUGGAGAGGCAGGUGCCAUAACCCACCUGUUAGCAGCUUUUAUGACUGCAGACAACAUUUCACAUGGGCUGAACUUGAAAAAGAGCCCAGUGUUGCAGUAUCUAUACUAUUUGGCAAAAAUCCCCAUUGCUAUGUCACCUCUGAGCAACAACAGCUUGUUCUUGGAAUAUGCUAAGAACCCAUUGCUAGAUUUCCAUUCUAAAGGCCUGGUGGUGUCACUAUCUACCGAUGAUCCCAUGCAGUUUCAUUAUACAAAGGAACCUUUAAUGGAAGAAUAUGCUAUUGCGGCACAGGUCUUUAAGCUCAGCACUUGUGAUAUGUGCGAAAUUUCAAAAAACAGUGUUUUACAGUGUGGUUUAUCCCAUCAGGAAAAAGUGCGUUAUCUGGGUGAAGACUACCGCAAGGAUGGACCCCUAGGCAAUGACAUCCGCAAGACAAACGUGGCCCAGAUAAGGAUGGCGUAUAGAUACGAGACCUGGUGCUAUGAGCUAAACCUUAUUGUCCAAGCCAUGAAAGCUGAAGAAUGAAAGGCUCUUUAGAGACACUGCUGAUGAUAACCAUAAACAGUGUAAUUCUCCAGCCAAAAGUUUUGAAAGGCAUCAUGUAAAUAGUAGUAGUAGUCAUGAACACACAAUACAGAACUAAGGCAGAAUACAAAACAAACAUGUAGGUUAAAACAAAUGGCAAAAAAUAUAUUAAAGGGAUACUGUCAUGGGAAAAAAAAUUUUUUUCAAAAUGAA